AUGGCGGCUUCUCUUCCAACCAGUCUGCCUGACGCAUUGGACUUGCCACUGUCCUUUUCCUCUGAAGUCACCGUGCAGCUGUCUCCGGACCCUGCGAUGGCCUCUGUUAGUGUCGGUGGUUAUGUAGCCUCUGCAAUGGCGAAAUAUGCCCUCUACUACGCCUCCAAACAUCCAAAAAUGCAGAACCAGGUUGACCUCUACUCUACUGUUACCCAAUUCUACCGCCCGAUAUUUAUCGGAAUGCCAAUAAAGAUGACUCUGCGGGAGGUCAGUAUUGGCAAGGGGUGGUCCACACUGCGCGUCGAAGCAUUCCAGACGGAUAAACUCGCUGCGUCUGCGGAUUUAGUAGUCACAAACUUGUCUGACGGGGGCAUAACCCUUAAAACGGGCUGGCAUCUCCCUAGUAAUCCGGUCCCAGUCGACCUCGCAAAACUCGGAACCGACACCGACCCAAACUGGGUAUCAUACCAUUGCGCCUUCUACCCAGACGGAUUCCGACGCGGUCAUUCCUACGCCAAAUCAUUCAUCCCGAGAGUCCAACCUACUGAAGUAUCAUUCGUAGAGCAAUGGGUUGAACCGGGCUGGGAUUCCCUCCCGCAGGGAUCUCGGCCUUUAACAGCAGGCGAGAACAAAGCACGUUGGACAAAUGAGAUGAUCCCGUUCGUGGUAGACAUGACCCUCCCGAUCCAAGAGAAUUUCUUUCCACACGAGGAAGGGAAAUCGCCACCGGUUGGUAGUAUAGCAGCUACACUUGGGUAUGCUGCUCGCCAGCAACAGGCCCGCGAGGAGGGAAGGGAUGAUUGGAGGGUUAUAGGCGAUGACGGGUCGAAGAGAUUCGGGGCGAGGAUUUUACAUGUAUCCUUGUCGCUGUCGACGGAGAUCAAGCAGAGAUUGGCGCCGGAGGGUGUUCGCUGGCUUUACCUACGCAGUGAAUGUAAGAGGGUUCUGAAUGGACGGAUGGAUUUGGAGGUCCUAGUUUUUGAUGAGAGGAUGGAUUUAAUUGCCAUCAGUCACCAAACUGCGGUGCUUAUUGAGGGUACUUCGAAGAUGCAGAAGUUGUGA